CUGCUCCUGUAUAAUAAGCUAUAGAUGAAUUGCCAAAAGAGAGGUCAGUUUCGUAAGUCAUGUUCAUAAGUAUGAUAAAGCCUAUUUCAACUGCAAUGUAUCUCUUAGCAGUCCACUUCCUGCUCAACCUAACGACUCCACAACCCAGCAUCCGAAGAUCAGUCCAUCUGAGUUUGAAUGGCAAGUUUACCGCCGGAGAUUCUGUGUGCGUUACGGACUGUGCUGUGCCGGGUGGAAGCUUAGUGGUAGAGGUGAAGAGGGUCUGUUAAUGCCUCAGCUUCCCCUGCACCUGUCCUCGCCUUAUUAAAACCCCUUGUUAUCGCCCGCCGCGCUACUUGGAGACAGGGUGCUUAUGUAUCCUUCGUUGUUCUUAAUCUCCGGGUUGUCUAAGCCUAAGAGGCGUUAAAAGGGGUUCCAUGUUCAACACGUUUUUGUAUGGAGGCUAAACCACUAUACGGAACCCAAAGUAGAGGAGAGGGAGGAGAGGCCGGCGGGAGAGGAGGAGGGACAGAGGAACGAAGGCCUGAAGAAAGGGAGUGUGGCAUCGUCGUGUUCAUAGAGAAAUAACCACGUGCUUGUUUUAGUGUAGUCACCGUCUCCCUUCCCCGCAGCGCAAGACAAGAGCUUUUUACAGUGCUACGUAUGUGGGAGGACGUGGGUGCGAGCUGUCAGAGGCGGAGGAGGAGGAGGACGGCGACGACGAAGACAAGGAGGAGGAGGAGGAGGGGAGAGGAGGAGUCACACUCACCUCGCUCCUCCCCCUAUUUCCUUGCCAGUAAUGAGCAAGGCAAGGCCGGCGCGGGUUGUCCAGUGUUGGCUGUCGCUGUCCGCAGUGUGUGUGUGUCUCAUGCCCCGCCACACGCAGCCAUGAGAGUCGCGCGUUCGCCGGCCACGCUACCCCCGCCUCCGCCGCCACCACACCGCCGCCCUGACCGCCCGCCAUGCACCAGCUCUGAGUGAAGGUAAAGAACGCUGUCGCUGGGCUAGUGUCUCCGUCCUCGGCUACUGACGGCCACGCUCUCCACAGCCAUGAGGCGUCUUGCUACCCCCGCGCGAGUCCCAACCACGAUGGAAACUUGCGGUCUGAGUGUAACACGAGCUCUCGGCGACGCGGACUGAGGCGCAGAACGAGAACCACAGUGCAAAAAAAGAAGGGAGUGUGUCAGUUUUUCUUUGUAUUUUUCUCAACUUGAGGGUGAACCGAGGACUGUGAGGUGUGGCUCGGAGGUGGCCGGUGAGGUUAUUGAGAACAGUGACUCUGACUGAGAUCAGUGAGUGUCGAGACGAAGGGGGAGCGCGGGCGAACGCUGAGGUGAGGCGAGGAGGCGAGGAUUACUGUGUGUGAGGUGCGUGCGGCGGCCUGGAGGAUGUGAUGGCCCCGAGACCUCCAUAAGCCAGCCACCAAAACAUGAGGAGAUUAUUCUUGAUUCUGGCUAUCAAUGUUAUCACGGCUUGGUCAGUAAACUGGCUAUCACUGCACCGCGGGGGGCACGAGAGGUGGGGACACUCCCGGAGCUGCAGGAACGCUCGCCGGGUCUACGGGUUCACGAGGGGACAGACGCGCACUUGCCGCGGCCAGGUCGAGGUGAUGCCGCACGUCGCCUACGCCGCCGCCACCACCGUCCACGACUGCCAGAGGAUCUUCCACUCCCGAAGGUGGAACUGCUCAUCCCUCCUCAGCGCCCCCGCCCUCACGCCGGACCUGACGGAGGGCACUCGGGAACAGGCCGUGGUGCACGCCCUCAGCUCCGCCGCCGUGACGUGGGCCGUGGCGCGGGCGUGCUCGCUGGGGACGCUGGUGCUGUGUGGGUGCGGGCGCGUCCCACAGGAGCCCCCCAACGGCCAUUUCAAGUGGGGAGGCUGCGGGGACAACGUGCGAUUCGGGGCCUCCUUCGCCAAGCACUUCAUCGACGCGAGGGACGGGGGGCGCAGGAUGGUGUACCGGGAACGAGGGCGGAGGGCAGCGGGGAGAAGAAGACACGGACGAUGGAGGGACGAAGAGGAAGAAGAAGAAGAGGAGGAGGAGGAGGAGCCAACGGAAGACGAAGAGGAGGAGGAGCAGGAGGAAGACGAGGAAUACGAUAAUGAUGAGGAGGAGGCUGAGGAUGGGUGGAACAACAGCCCGCGACGCAACAGAGAAGUGGAGCCUUUCUCUUUGCGGUCGACGACGGAGCGGAACGUGCAACACAAGAACACGAGGAGGCGGUCGAGGAGCAGGAGGCGCGAGGAGGAGCAGAGGGCCAAGACGACGAGGAGGAGGUCAAGGGUGAGCGGCGGCAGGAGGAGGAGGAAGAAGAAGAAGGGAUGGAGGAGGAAGAAGAAGGGGAAGAGGAGGCAGCAGGACCCGGCGGUGACGAUCAUGAACCAACACAACAACCGAGUGGGGAGAAGGGUGGUGAAGGCGUCCCUGUCCACGCAGUGCAAGUGUCACGGCGUCUCGGGCUCCUGCAACAUAAAGACGUGCUGGAAGGCGCUACCGAGCUUCACGCAGGCGGGGGAGCGGCUCUACCGACGCUACCUCUCCGGGGUGGAGGUGCGCGCCGUGUCUGCGGGCCCGCGCCUUCGCCUCCUGCCCGCCAGCCCCGCCGUCUCCCGCUUCUCCCGCGACGACCUCAUCUACGUCAAGAAAUCCCCCGACUACUGCCACCCCGAGCCCCGCGUUGGCUCCGUCGGCACCAGAGGAAGACGAUGCAACGCCAGCUCUGAGGGUGUGGACGGGUGUGGCGUGAUGUGCUGUGGCCGGGGCUUCACCUCCCACACCCUCCGCACCCGCCACCGCUGCCACUGCAAGUACCAUUGGUGCUGCUACGUCACCUGCCAGACCUGCGCUGUGUGGCACGACGUCCACACCUGCAACUGACCUCGCCUUGCCUCCACUCACACCAUUCCCACCCCUGUCAUCCUCGCCCCGCCCCGCCGACCCAUUCCUUCCUCCUUCUCACAACUCUUGCUCAGUAUUAUGUUACGGCAGCAGGGACUCAACACACGCUCACUUCCCGAGUAGUCAACAGAAAUACGUAACUUUUUAUUUACUUAAUGUGUUGUAUUAUAUUGUACAAAUAAAUUUCUAUAUAGA